ACAAACGUAGCCUGCGACAUAGCUAGCUAGCCUACGUAUUUCUCUGUCAUACGAUCCAAACUAGUUCGUACCGAUCGUUCCAACUUUGCACAUGCGCAGUACAUUCAGUGAUCGCGAAAAAGAACGGAGGUUGGACUGGCAGUAGACGUGCGGGUAAUGGUUUGCUGCUUGUCAGCAUGCCCAAUCACCAUUGGAGAAAGACACCGACUCUGCCGUCUGCUGUGGAGAUGGUGAAGCAAGAUUGGAGAGGAGAUUUUUAUUUCAGUUGGUACUAGAAAAAAGGUCUAUUAGUCUAGUGGUUAAAGAAGGAUGGCAUGGAAAAAGAGACUCUUAUUAAUAGUGAUCUGCUGCCUGUCAGGCAGCCAGUCAGGCUACCAGUAUACUACUGUAAAGUAGACAAGCCCACAGUAACCUCUUAUUGGAAGAAAACUUUGAUGGACAAGGAGCGAUUGAACCAGCUGACUUCCAUGGACACAUCUGGCAACGAUUUAGCAAAUGAGGCUGCAGACCUUGGAGGAGUCAUAGACAAUGGGACUGCAAAUCAGGAAGAGGACACUGCCAGUCAGGUUUCAGAGAUGGGAGGAAGCCAAGCCAAUGAGAGUGAGGUUUCAGGAGCGAUCCGAGCCAAUCAGACUGUAGAUUCAGGAGGGAUCCAUGCCAGUGAAAGUGUGGAGUCUGGCGUAGAGCCAGAUGAAACAGCUUGCCGGUUGAAGAGUGAAAUGUUAGGUGUGGGAGCGGAGGGCUGCAUCGAGGCUUGGUCCAGUGAAGACGGGGACCAGAGGGAGGUAGAGUCCGAGGCUCCAGUCGUGGUUGAAGGUGUCGAGGUUGAGCUAGACGACAGUCUCCCUGGCUGGCUGGAGCCCCUGGAGGAAGAAGAUGAAGAGGAUGAUGAUGAUGUGGCACCAACGGUCUCCCAUUCCCCUUCUCUCCAGCUGAGGCUGCUGUCCCCUCACAGGCUCAGCCCCGCAACAACAUACCCAGUUCUCCCCCAGCUGCCCCAGUCCCUCCUGCGGCCCAUCAGCCCCAACCGAACCACUGAGAAACAGAGCCAAAACCAACGUUCUCCACCAUCAGACAAGGACUCAGCAAACCCCAGCAAGCCCCACCACCUCAGGCUGCUCACCAGGCAGGCCUCGGGAAGAGUCGGCUCCUCCCUCAAUGGGCACGACCAGGUGAAGAAACUGCAGGGCAGAAACUGUGUCAAGUGUGGAGGCUCGCUCCCAGACUUGAAGACGGCUAAUGAGGAAGAGCUGUGUCCCUCGUGCAAACCAGAGAAAAAGUCUCCAAGUAUAGUAUUCAGGAAGGGGUGGAAACAGUCUUCUAGAGGUAAACCAUUGAAACACACAGAGGUGGGGGCUGACCGGUGGGUGCUGGGGAGGUUCAAGGAAGAGGAGGAAGAGGAGGAGGAGAGCAGCAGGACUGUUAAGAGAAAAGCCAAGAUGGUGACAAAAGAAGAGGCAAAGCAGGAGCAACGGAAAGCACAGAAGAAGCUCUGCAAGUCCCCCUCACAGAGUGAGACUGGUGACACCUUCCAGAGAAAAGCCUUCAGAGUCCCUCAGGCUCAUGCCAAAGGAAAGACAUCAUCUCCUGCCUUCAAGAUUUUUUAUCGUAAGUUUCGUAGCGUGGCCUGUACGAAGUGUGCUGCUUGUCUGCGUAAGGACUGUGGCAAGUGUAAAUACUGCAUGGACAAGCCCAAGUACGGGGGAAAGGGCAGGCUGAAGCAGAAGUGCCUCAUGCGCAGAUGCAGAGCCAUGCAACCAGCCAAGGCCAGCCAGGACCUGCUUGGGCCUGGUGUCGCUAGACCCACCCUGAGAAAAGUGCCCCAGAAACGCAGGAGAUACAGCUCUGAGGACACAACAGACGAGGAGGAGGAGGGAGAGAACAGCACCUGCAGCGGAGACGGGGAGUGGACCCCUCAUGUGAAGACGCAGAACAAGGAACACACCGGGACUCCAGUGACACAUCUGGCCUCCUACGUGGUGGUGAACCCUCUGACGGGCGAAGUGUUCCGAGCACUAGCCCCACCCACUCAGGAGCAAGGGCCACACAAGUACCUCCAGGUCAAUGGCCAUCCUUUCCCUCCCAACAUACUCAGCGCACCCAAUCUGCCCUCCCACUUCACAACUCCAUCCAGUGUCAGCCCUGGCCUGCCAAGCUACCUGGAUGGUGUUCCCCUAACCUUAGUCCAACCCAAAGAGGAGAGCACUGACUACCAGUGCUGGCCUCCACCCACGCUCAACCAACCCAGCAAGGAGAAUGGCCAGCCUUUGAAUUAUGAGAACACAUUGAACCAACCUAGUCAGGGAUAUGGCCAACCAAUGAUAGCCUCAAUGCUGAAUCAACGGGAGUUCGGGCAGACUUUAAACUGCAAUGACCCAAACCCUUCAACGCUGGUCCAGCUGAAAGAGGAGUUGGCUCCGAUGGAGUGUUGUGAGGCUGACAGGGUGGUGGACAUAGAGGUGGAGCUUGAUUUUGGUUCACCAAUCAGAUCACCUGACACACUUGGCAUGAGCGAAGAGGUCAGCACUGAGGUGGAAUGUGAGGUCACGCUAGAGGAAGAUCAAGAAGACGGUCCUGAAUUGGUGCCGUACUGUCUGGCAGAGAAGACCGAGGUCAUAAACGCGCUGGACGGCAAAGAGAGGGCGCUGUUGCGUUUCCUGCGCGUGCUGCGUCGCACCGUGCUGCCCGCCCACUGGGUGUGUGUGAUGGCGGCGGGGCCCAGGCUGCAGCUGCUGCAGUGCUCCAAGCUGUCCACCAUGGGAGACACAGUGCUCAACAUCCAGCCUGGCUUCUCCUACCAGCUCACCGUGCAGCGGCACCACCUGCUGCCCACGCACACCCUCUACGACUCGCACCCGCUCUGCUUCGCCAACACCAGCCAGGUGGUGAGCCUACUGCUGGAGCUGGAGGGCAUGGCCGUGUGCCGAGGGUUUGAGCAUGGCCUGCCCCGGAGCUUCUCAGAGCCCAUCCUAUUGGUCAGGGCUGCCACCUGCCUCCUGCUGGUGCCCCAAUCACAGGAGCGCUGUGAGCACUGCCAAGAAGUACUGCCUCUCUGACCAAGGAAGGGACUGAGUGACAGGAUGGCAGAGGAGGAGGAAGACGGAGGAGGGUGACAGGAGACACUGUCACAGUCUGGGGAGGUUGAAUGAUAGGGAAAGGGGGGGGUGAGGGAUCAAUGGUGAGAAGAGGGGAGGGAAGCGAAGAAAAUAUAGACUUGGGCGGAUGAGAGAAAGAAGAGGAUUGAUGAAAAGGGUGGUGUCGGAGAAUCCAGCGUGACAUCCAACUCAACAGAACUUUUUUAUAAAAGGACAGUGUUUUCCACUGUCAGAAACUGUGGCUCCACGUAAGCUGUGUAACAAGUAGUUGUAAACCUGUUAAGGAAUAUCCCUUAAGUUCCUUCCAGUCACAGCAUUCCUUUCUCUCUCAUCUGUGCUGCACUGAUACUCACAAUGGUGCUGAUACAGAUUGUGGACCCUCCUGCCGGGUAAUAGUCAUUACUGAUGACUACAUGCAGGAGACAAACGUGCACCCUACUGUAGAUCUCCUUUCGUCCCAGUGAUGUCAUCAUUAAAGGCCGGUAUCUUAUUUAAGGCUCUUGGAUGACACUAGCAUUUUGUGUCUAAGUAGGGGGGCAGGGCUGGUUUAAUCUGGACUUCAACAUGAAUGCAGUGAAAUCUGUGUUACAAACUUGACUACCUCUUUUGAGUUUCUGGACCUGCAGCUACUUUCAAACUUCACAAAGGCUUAUUUAGUCUUUUCCAAUGUCUCGUUCGACAGACCUGGGCUGUCCACUUUAGACUGUAAAUGUCUUCAUUGAGAUGCUUUUGUACCAAGACGGCUGCCUUUGGGAUGAAACUGUAGUCUUAUUCUCUAGCCAGAUGUAAAGCUAAAAGAGAACUUGUUUUUAGAAAUUUGAGGAUUUCUAUUGAUGUAAUCCUACUGUCUUUAGUAUGUGUGGUUGCUGUACUAAAGCCUGUACUAGACGAUGCAUAGAUGGUCUACUCAAUAUGGGUCAGUAGAACACUUGUUUUAAUGAAGCCUCUAAUGACGGUUUAUGUGGAUGUUCGACAAUGGUCCACUCAGCCUCUCUGUUACAUGAAACACCAUUAAUGCCUUUCAUGAGAAGCCUUUAAUAGUAUUCACCCCAAUGUUAAUGUCACCGUCUCUGCUAUCUUAAACAGCGUCUUCUGAUUGUAUGCAUCUACAAAACAUGGUGCUAAGAGUUCUGAGGUGGCUAGAAGUGCACUUGGGUAUGGUAUAUAGUCAACCUUGGUGUAUAGUUUCCUUUAAUCUGUGCUUUUUUUAUGGCAGUUGUGAAUAUACAACAACAAAUAACCUCAUCUGGUCAUUCUGCUUACUGCUGUCACUGCUUAGCCAAAGUUUUCUUUACCUUGAUGUAUGAGUUCAGUGUUUUUGUUUUUUUUCAUCAAAAUCUCUGUAAAUGUCCAAGUUUAUAAUACAGCAAACAGGUGUUUUUGAAUCAUUUCUUUGUCUCU